UCGCGCGCGCGUGACCGGGUCACGUGUUCCGCCAUGGCGUUCCUGCUGCUCAACGCGUUCAGCUCUCCCGUCGGGCAACGCAUUGAGAAGGCCACAGAUGGCUCCUUGCCGUCCGAAGACUGGAACCUCAACAUCGAGAUCUGCGACAUCAUCAACGAGACGGAUGAGGGGCCUAAAGAUGCCGUGAAGGCCUUGAAGAAGCGCAUCGGUGGAAACAAGAAUUUCAAGGAGGUCAUGUUGGCGCUGACGGUGCUGGAGACGUGUGUGAAAAACUGCGGCCACCGCUUUCACGUGCUCAUCGCCAGCCAGGACUUUGUGGACGGGGUCCUGGUGCGCAUCAUCCAGCCCAAGAACAACCCCCCCACCAUCGUGCAGGAGAAGGUGCUCAGCCUGGUGCAGACAUGGGCGGAUGCGUUCCGGAGUGCUCCGGACCUGACGGGAGUGGUACACGUGUACGAGGACCUCAAGAGGAAGGGUGUGGAGUUUCCCAUGACCGACCUUGAUGCGCUCUCCCCUAUCCACACUCCACAGCGGAGCACGCCGGAGGUGGACCCUGCAGUGAGGAACACCUCCCAGGGGGGUCGGCCUGCCCCGGGCACCGCGGCAAUGUCGGCUUCUGCGCCCCCGCACCCACUGCCCCCCGCCCACGCCCACGCGGCGUCCGUGGCGGCUGGACCCAUCUCUCCCACUCCGGAACAGGUUGCAAAGCUGCGGAGCGAGCUGGACAUUGUCGAGUGUAACGUGAAGGUGAUGUCCCAGAUGCUGACGGAGCUGGUGCCAGGGCAGGUGGAGGAUUCGGACCUGCAGCUGCUGCAGGCCCUGCAUCAGACGUGCCGCACCAUGCAGCAAAGGGUCAUCGAACUGGUCCCGCGCGUCUCCAGCGACGAGGUGACGGCCGAACUCCUGCGGGUCAACGACGAUCUCCUCAACAUCUUCCUCCGAUACGACCGGUUCGAGAGAUACCGGGCGAGCCGGGCGGCGCAGCAGGACCCCACGGAGGACGCGCUCGCCGCCGAGCCCGGCGCGCUCGCCGCCGCCACCUCCAGGCAACCGGCGGCUCCGAGCUCCCAGGCCGCGUCAAGUAACACGUUUCCAGACGGCCUAAAAAACCCGGGACCCGGCGCGUUGGCCACCAACCCGGCAGAUGUGGCGAGCAACUCCUUAGCCAGCCAGCUGGCCAGCAUCGGUGUGGCCGGAGACAGCGUAACGGGAACCCUGAGUGCGCUGGGCGUGUCGAGCGCUGUCCCCGUCAAGGCCGACACGUUCGACAUGUUCGCCCAGAGCCGCGGCAGCUCCCUGGCUGACCAGAGGAAACACAUCGUGUACGAGGAUCCGCAGGCGGUCACGGGUCUGGCAGGAGCUCUGGACGCCCGGCAACACAACACAGGCGCAAUCCCGGUCGCGCAUGUGUCCUCAAAAGACGAGGUAGAUGCAUGGCUCUUGGCCGAUUCGGGGAAAGGAGAUGAGACGGCAGAAGUGGCCACUUCUGGGACGGCUGAAGCGUUCGACUCAUUUCUGGCUUCGAGAGCGACCGUUGCAGAGAAGCUGCCUGACCUCCCGAUGCCCCCGCCGAGUGAGGGCCCAGCUCGCUCGUCCGUCCAAGGCAAGAAGAAGAUGGACAAGACGGAAGAUUCUCUCUUUGCCCUUUAAAAUCACGUCUGCGGGGGGGGGGGGG